AUGCCACGGACUCCCGACGAGAUUGACGAUGCCAUCUCUCGUUCAGUACCCCUCUCACCCGCUACUCCCCGCCUCCGGGUGGCAGUCCCGUCCCCGGCCCAUCCUGUGCUGAUCCCGACAUCCACGUCGGUUACCUCGACACUCAUGGUCUCAACGCUGACCGCGUCGUCCAUCAUUCCCUUGACCCCUGACCCCUCGGGUACUGCCGUGGUUGAAAAACCCCAUCCGCCUGUUGUGGUAUUGUUCAAGCUGCGAAAGAAAAAAGGGAUCUGGUACACCGAUAAAAACACCGGCCACGCAUUUGUCAUCUGGGCCAUCGUGGGGUUCAUGCCAGCCAUGAUUCUCGGCAUUAUCUGCAUCGACAUCUACACGAGGUGUGGUGCGCCGCGAGUUGCCAUCCCUGAUGGCCAGAAGGAAGCCGAAGCAGCUCCUGCUAGGCAAGAAGAGGCCAAAGAAAAAAAUAAUGAUGAGGACAAAAUGGAUGAUGGUGGUGCGAGCCGGGAGAAGAAGUCAUCUUUUACUGAUGCCACCGUCAUGGCAAAGCCUACGCCACCACCGCCGGUCUCCUUUGGGAACUCUUGGAGCUCCCGGUAGCGUUCGCACUGGGGAUGGCUCCUUGUGGACUGAUCAGCCGAGGGGAAGGCCGAGGCUUGAUGUUGAGACUGGCCAGACAAAGCCACCCAUCACCAAUCAUAACACCGUGAAGAAGGUUACUCUCGACGAUAUGGAUGUCAUCACCGCCGCCGGUCCUUCAGUUUUACACCGCCGCCUCCAUGGCCGCAGAGGCAACGGCCAGGUCAAUCGAGCAAUCCACUCCCCCACUCUCUAGCCAACCCUUACUCCAAACUACCCAAGCCUGGGGAGCCCUUGGUUAUCACAACCACCAUCCCCACCCCUACUUUGUCAAACACUGGUUUUGUCCACACCAUCAACACCGCCUUUGACUCGGGUGACACUAGGCCCCUUUCCAAGAUCAGCGAGGAAGGCAGCAGUGUCGCGGAUGGCAAUGCCGAGCCAUCCAUGAUGAGACAGAACCUGAGGUGGUACACUCUCUGAUCUGGAUGAUGACAAGAGUUUCAGCACUAGUCAAGGCUGCCACCAAGGGGCGUGUGUUAUGACGAGAUGAAAGGACAUUGCAAUGAAUCAAGGUUAUGAUGGAAUGGGUGUCUUGCAUUUGCUGGGUUGUCAAAAGCUAGACAAACACAGCGGUAUUAACUGGAGCUUUGAUGGAUACUACAGGCUUCUUCUGGCUACUGUUCAGGGGGCUUGAGGGAUGAGAGUUGGGGUAUUCCUGCUUGAUUUCCGUUUUUAUUCCUGGAUAAUGUAGGCACCUAGAGUGAACGACAUUCGUAACUUUAGCUGUUACCCUCGGUCGUGCUUGUUCGGAGAAGCGAGUUCCAUUCUCAAGACAGCCGGCGCUGAACAGCUGAGG